AUGUCAAUAAUUGGGCGCAGAGGAAUUCAUUUCUUGCGUAAACUCAGUGCUGAAAAUGUUCCCAGUGAUUUGAUAGAGAAGGGUCAAAGCCGACUUAUAGAUGCUUCUCUCACUCUCAUUCGUGAGAGCGCAAAGCUCAGGGGAGAGCUUGUGCGUGCUUUAGGAGGCUCUGUAGCAUCCACUUCUCUUUUGGGUGUUCCUCUUGGACAUAACUCGUCGUUUCUUCAAGGGCCUGCUUUUGCUCCUCCUCGGAUUAGAGAGGCAAUCUGGUGUGGUAGUACCAACUCAACAACUGAAGAAGGGAAAGAACUAAGAGACCCACGGGUGCUAACUGAUGUUGGUGAUAUUCCUAUCCAAGAAAUUCGAGAUUGUGGAGUCGAAGAUGACAGACUUAUGAAUGUCAUAAGUGAGUCUGUCAAGCUAGUGAUGGAACAGGAUCCACUGCGCCCAUUAGUGUUAGGUGGUGACCACUCAAUUUCUUAUCCUGUUGUAAGAGCUGUCUCUGAGAAGCUUGGGGGACCUGUGGAUAUUCUUCAUCUGGAUGCCCAUCCUGAUAUCUAUGACGCCUUUGAAGGUAAUGUAUAUUCACAUGCGUCUUCUUUUGCUCGAAUUAUGGAAGGUGGUUAUGCUCGGCGUCUUUUGCAGGUUGGUAUUAGAUCAAUCAACAUAGAAGGGCGUGAACAAGGAAAACGAUUUGGUGUUGAGCAAUAUGAAAUGCGAACCUUUUCAAGAGACCGUCAUUUUUUGGAAAACCUGAAAUUGGGGGAAGGUGUGAAGGGCGUGUACAUCUCGAUAGAUGUAGAUUGCCUUGAUCCUGCAUUCGCUCCUGGAGUGUCACACUUUGAGCCAGGGGGUCUCUCCUUCCGUGAUGUUCUCAACAUACUCCACAACCUUCAAGGCGACAUUGUUGCUGCAGAUGUCGUUGAAUUCAAUCCCCAGCGUGACACUGUUGAUGGGAUGACUGCAAUGGUAGCUGCUAAGCUGGUGAGAGAGUUGGCUGCAAAGAUAUCAAAAUGA